AUGGCGGAUAAUUCAUCUUUCGAAUUUCUGUCAAAGGAAAACAUCAGCGAAGAUUCAACGAAUGUAACAACGAUGACUGACGAUAACACAUAUCUUAUUAUUAUCAACGGUUACGUCGUCCCUGCCCUUGCCAUUGUUGUGCUCCUGACGAAUACCGUCGUGAUCGCCGUCCUUCGUCGACAGCAGACUUACGGCGCGAGCCAAGCUGGGCUGGUAGGGAUCGCGGUAUCAGAUACGCUUACGUUGAUCCUACCAGCUCCAUUUUAUUUCUAUUCUUAUGGACUUGGUAACUACGAAAUACAGUUUGGCUGGUGUCAAGCGAUGGACUGGAUAGCACUUUAUCUUCCAACCAUUUCACAUACAGCGUCAAUAUGGCUGACCGUCUAUUUGACCCUACAAAGAUAUUUUUACGUGUGUCUGCCCUUUAAAGCACGAGGUUGGUGCACCCUGCGGUAUACCAUAAUUUGUAUCGUCCUUAUAUACCUAAUGGCAGUCGUUGUCCAUAUGUGUCGGUUUUUUGUGUUCGAGUACCACAACAACAUGUACUUUGACCCAUGGACCAAUACUACCGUAGAGUACUGCAAGCGUGAAUACCGGACAUGGGUUGAUUUGCCAACUUACUACUCUUCCUAUCUAGGGAUUAGGAUAAUAUUUAUCCAAUUUGUGCCUUGUGUUUCGCUCAUUAUUCUCAAUUGCAAAAUUUUACAUGGCCUUCAAACGGUGACAAACAAACGAUUACAACUACAUACAAAUGCUGAGAGCAACCACGCCACAGUGAAGGAGAACAUCCGGGUAACAGUGAUGAUAAUCUGUAUGGCGGUGAUUACACUUUUGGUGGAGUUUCCGGCGGGGAUAAUACAACUUCUCUAUGCGUUUCCCUUCAUGUUCGGUUACGACAUAAUCGAGCCAAAGACAUUAAAAUAUGUGGAGAUCAUAGCUAACUUGGUGAUUAUAUUUUCAUAUCCUCUCAACUUUCUACUUUACUGUAGUAUGAGUGCUGAGUUCAAAGCGACGCUCCGUAAGAUAUGUUGGAGUAACACGUGCGGAGAAGGGAGCCAACGAACCUAUAGCCGCUGUUCUAAAAACAUCCCACCUACUUCCGUUAUCAUGGACGAUAAAGUCAGCAUGACUACGAAAGUCUAA